AGCAUCGGCUGUCCGGACUUUAAUUAUACUAACACAGGGCUGACUUCUUUCCAUAGAGAUGGAACGCUAGUCCAAUAAAUCAACGCGCUUCCGUUGUCCUACACGAGCAGCUUCCUGUAAGAUUUAGGUGGCUCUUGUAAGUGUUAGUGGGCGCCGCCAUUUUCUUCCAAGGGAGGGGGGGGGGGCAAACAAUGUCGUCCAACUCCACGGACGUGGCUUCUCCAGCUGCCCCCAAGCCGCUUUUCGGGUCCUGCUGGGGCUGCCGCGUCCUGAGCGGGAUGGCGCUGAUCGGCUCCGGCUUCUGGAUCUAUCUGGGCCCUCGCAGGGUCAUGCAGCAGAGAAUCCCUCCCAACAUGUGGCACAUCACCCAGAUGUUCGUCGCCAUCAGUGUUGCUGUUUGGGGUAUUGUUUUGAUUACAAACCCAGUUGGGAAACUGAAACCGAAAGAGGAUUGAGGAGCGUCACACACCCAUCUCUCCAUUCAGCACUGCUUUAUGCUGCCUCCAGGAAAUCAGUAAGAAGUUGGAAAGAAGGAGCUCCGAAGGGCAGUGCUGAUGGUUGCAGCGUACCUGAAGAGCAUCAGGCCUGCUGGCAUCUUCCUCUCACUUUAAAUGGACUGUUUUGCUUUUCUGUUUCCAUACAACCAGUGUUAGGCUGUGUUGUCCUACUUGGAAAGUACAGAGUUUGUGUUCUUCUGAAUAAUAAUAAUAAAAACUCUCACGUACAAAAAA